UGUUGCUGCUAUUGUUACUGUUGUUGUAUGUAUAUGCUAGUCCUUGGCGUGUUAAUAACAUUUAAUAGUAGCCUAUUUUAUGGCAAACCAUAUCAAACAUCUCUGGUCCUGCCUUAUUAAACAUUUGGAAAGUCUAACUCACGUUCAUCGAUAUGAGGCUGAUAGACAAGUCAAAUGGGCUUUCAGUGAAAACACCCUUUCAAUUUAGCAAUAGAGUGCAGUGCAGUACAGGUGGGUCAUACUUUGAGCAGGUUUCUUACCACAUUAAUUUUAUAGACCAGGUAAGGCUACUGUCUUCACGUUACAUCUCAUCUCUAUGCCGAGGUUAAACAUAUACAGAUGAUUUCAUACUACUAACACAAUUUAGUUUAAAAAGAUUAAGAUGUCGCCCAAUUCUAUAUUGAGGAAGGAUGCAAACUAUUUUGUCCCUCCAAGCGUGCCGUAGUGAAUGUCAACAAAGUGCUGUCAAGAAGGCAGCAGAACUAAGCAGAGAGCGAUUGUAAGAAACCGUGCAAAACGGUUUAACUGGCAGAAAAAAUGGACACACUAUUAUCAGACCUACCUCUAGAUUGCUUAAUUUCAGUUUUUUCAUACUUACACGAUGAAGAUUUAAUAAUGGCAUCACAUGUUUGUAAGGCAUUGCAUGAGGCAGCAGAGACUCCAUGGCUGUGGCGAAAAAUCUGUCUGCAGCGAUGGGGUUUCUGCAAUAUUGCCAACUUUUUGUCCGAGAUCGGCAAGCAGAGUUGGAAAAGCUACUACAUGCGCCGCGCCCUGUUGGAGUUAAGAAUGAAGGCCGGAAGGUCGGGUGGUGACUACACCUGCCAAAGUCUCAGAGGCCACGAUGGGAAAAUCAUUGGUGUUGUUUAUUUGGCUGGGAUCAAUGCCGCCAGUGAGUUUUGGGAUCAGUCCUCCAUAAUCUGCAGCGCCUCCACUGAUGGGACGGUACGGGCCUGGGAUGUUCAAAAGGUCACCCAGCUGUGGUCCAGUCCUGUGCAGAACCCGCUGUGUGACAUAGUGGCGGACCUGCAGAACAACGCUGUCAUCACAGUGGACAGCACCGGCACAGUGAAAGCCUGGGAAGGUUCUACAGGCCAGGAAGUGGCCUCUUUUUCCACGGGAUCGCCUAAUAAUACCCUGUAUGCAUGCAGCAUCAACGACAAGCCCGUCAUCGCUGUGGGAUCGAGUAACGGGUCACUGCAUACGUUGAAGAGCCCAUCACUGUCAAAGCUCUCAAGUCAUGUGGUGUUUGACUCAUUCAGAGUGAACGUGAUUCUGUCAUCCCCUGACAAGAAAUGGAUUCUAACUGCCACAAAGGACAGCUCAGAUUUCUGUCCAAAGGUAUUCUUCAGUCCGAGUUUGUACAGUUGCCCUGAGGGAGAGGCUCCUGACAGUGUGAGUCUGCCAGAGUUGUUCUCUGAGAGCUGUGCUGCAGUCUUCGUUCCUUCACACCCGUCCAGGGUGGCACUGAUCCACAGCAGUCACGUCUCACAGGGGAAACGCCUCUCUAUCUUCGACAUCAGCAUGAAGAAGACAAGAUAUGAGGAGGAACCCUUGGCUCAACUGGUCGAGUCCUUUGAGCUGGAGCAAUGGAGUGCACGCACAAGCAUACUCCUGCAGGCCAGAGACAGCAACACACUGGUGUUGGCCGCAGGCAACCAGCUAAGCGUCUACUCUCUGAAAGGAGUACUCAUGCACAGGAUGGUUGACCACACUCAGCCUAUCACAUCCCUUUGUAUGGACAUUUUCCGUGUGGUGACUGCCUCUCGUGAUCUGUCUCUGAGAGUACUCACGUGGAAUUAUGACAGUCAGAAGGGUCUCUCUCUUGAAAGCCAGUACACUCUGCUAGGGGGCUCACAUACAAUGUCAAGAGGAUUCACCUUUGUGGCCUUUGACUACAUCAGUAUCGUGGGCUCUGUGGAGGCAGUGAAUGGGAAAGACGUCCUGAAGGCCUACACCUUUAACACCUGAUGAAGGCCUACACCUUUAACCCCUGAUGAAGGCCUACACCUUUAACACUGCAUGAAGGCCUACACCUUUAACACCUGAUGAAGGCCUACACCUUUAACACCUGAUGAAGAGACACCUUUGACACCCGAUGAAGGGACCUCUCCUCUGAGACCAAGGAAGUGCACAAGUGCUCUUAGAAAUGGUUGUCUACUUAAAGGUGCAGUAGGUAGUUUUUUAUGUCCAAAAAAUGUAAAUGCUUCUGGGCUAAAAUGAUGAUGUAACUCUGAAGGCAUGAUAAAUACAUAGUGCUCACCAGUGUUACUGAGCACUUUACACACUUUUUUAUGUGUAUGUUUACAUAUACGUGCCCUCUCAAUUGUAAACAAAUGCAUAAAAGCACCUCAAAGUAUCAACAAUUACAGAAGACACUAGAACAGUGUCGACUAUUAUCCUCCAGAUAUAUGUCAUUACUGUAGGUCUAGAAGCAUUUUACAAAAAACACUUACUGCACCUUUAACCACAUUAGUGUUGAUCAAAGUAUAGUCAUUCCAGCACUUUCACCAACUCUUUAGCAAGUAAAGUUUACAUUUUAAGAUGCCAAAUUAUGUUGUUUUGGUUUACAACUUUAUUUGUUCACACUUAGAUUUGUACAUUUUUAACAUUCAUGUUGCAUAUAAAUGUUGCAUUCUUCUAGAGCCUCUAAGUUUCCCUGAGACUGUAAUAUGCCUUGCAGAACAAAACAAAAUAUGUACAAAAAAGUAACCGGCAAUACAAUAAAUCAAUACAAAAUUA